AUGUCGGGAUCAGAAGUCAAUGACGAUGAGAAGCAUCGUGGCAGAGAGCCUACCCCAGGCGGAAGGCCAAAAGACAAGUCGAGCACUCGUGAUCCUCUCAGGUCUCUAGAGAGGCGAGUCUCGAGGAUAGAGGUGAAGAUUUCUGAAGAUGUCACCGCCAUCGAGGAUUUGGGAGCUAACUUCGCCCAAGUCGAAAGCGAUUUUCAAGGUAUGAAUGCUCGUUUGUCGAGAUUGGAGAUCAACCAUGAUGGGAUGCGAGAAGAGCUCGUGGCUCUCAUCACCAACACCAUCUCCGAAACCGUGAGCACUGCCAUUGCGGUUGUGAAAGAGCAUGUCCAGGCUGAGCUGGUCGGCGUGAAGGAGGAGAUUGCAGAUCUCAAGAGUGAGGUCACUCUCGUGAAGAGAGCCAUGGCUAGCGGACCAGCCACGGUGGAAUCCGUCCCACGUGCUGAUAUUCCAAGACCGAAGAGCUUCGGAGAUUCAAGGAAUGCGAGGGAGUUAGAGAACUUCCUUUGGAGUCUUGAGCAGUACUUCAAGGCGUCCGGCAUCCAAGAGGAUGAGGUAAAGAUUCGUACCGCUCCACUUUACUUGGUUGAUGUUGCCAUGGUGUGGUGGAGGCGACGUGAAGCGGACGUCGAAAGAGGUACUUGUGUGAUGGUAACGUGGGAAGAUUUCAAGAGAGAAAUCAAGAGGCAGUUCUACCCAGAGAACGUGGAGUUUGAAGCCCGUUCGAAGUUAAGAAGACUCACCCAGAGGGGUGGAGUUCGAGAAUACGUGAAAGAAUUCUCGGAGCUGCUUCUAGAGAUCCUGGACAUCACGGACAAGGAGGCCAUGCACGGCCUUGCAACUGCCAUGGCCACGGCGGAGUCUUUUGUCGAGUACAAACGACAAGAGAGCAGCGGCAAAGAGAAGAGUUCGAAGCCCAACAAGGGUGGAGAACAGCAGAAGCCUUUCAAGGAGGGUUCUCGCACUCAACAACACCAAGGUAGUUCGAGCAAAGGGGGUAAGUACGAGCCAAAACCCAUGACUUGUUUCCUUUGCGACGGACCACAUCGAGUGCAAGGAAGGCGAGAUCGGCGGCCAUGGAAGCUCAAGAUGAGGAGCCCUAGGCGGCGGAGGCCAAGAUUGGCUCAAUCCGCAAGCUUGGCGCGGUGA